AUGGGCAUCAGACGCGACUUCUUGUUGGUGAGAAAUGGAGCUAAAGACCUCUACUCUGGUGUCAGGACUCGAUAUAAUGUUGGAGACGAGAUUCCUAGUGUAGAUGUGUAUGAAGAGACCCCUGCCAAUGCUGUCAACCUUCGGGAUGUAUCAGCAGGACGUAAUCUAAUAUUUGCUGUACCUGGAGCCUUCACUCCUGGGUGUUCGAAGACUCACUUACCUGGGUACAUUAAACAAGCAGAUGAACUGAAAUCCAAAGGCAUCACAGAAAUAGUUUGUGUUUCUGUAAAUGAUCUUGUUAUGACUGCAUGGGGUGAAAAUCACAAAGUAUCUAAUAAGAUUCGAAUGUUAGCUGAUACCAAUGCAGAGUUCACAAAAUCCCUUGGACUGGAACAAGAUUUAGCAGUUCUUGGUGGACUGAGAUCAAAGCGGUAUUCUAUGAUCGUUGAAGAUGGCAAGGUGACACAGCUGAAUGUGGAACCUGAUGGAAAGGGUCUUACUUGUUCAUUAGCUGAAAACAUGCUUGCAAAGCUGUAAAGUUAAUGCUAGUACUAUUAGAAAGACAGUAUGUUUACUGAUGGUACAUAGGCACCCAUUAUGUAUAUUACUUUAGAUUUUCAGGGUAUGCAUAUAUGAUAUAGGAACUACUUGUGGAAGUGUCUUAAAAGUACUAUAGCAGGUCUAUAACAUAAAUUUCAUUGUUGUUAUUUUAGCUCCAUUUAUAGAAUAUCUGCUGGCUCAACUAAAUAUGUACAGACAACCCUCACCAUUGAUAGGUUCAUGAUUUGUCAUGUGCAACCCUUUAAAUAAUGACACUAUUGAUAACUUCGUUUAUAAUGAAAAUUAUAUACUGAUGUAUAGGUAGAAGUGAAAGACAUGUAAGGUCAUUGCAUUAUAACUUUUAAUGCUUUGCUUCUUGUCAGAUAAAGGAUAAGAAAAGACAUAAUUGUAAAGAAU